CCUUUUUACUGUGGCCGCCAUAGCAAGAGGAGCGUGGUUCCCGGCGAGCCGAUAAACUAAAUCUGAAUAUGGCUUGUGCCCGACCCCUGAUCUCGGUUUACUCCGAGAAAGGAGAAACUGCAGGCAAGAAUGUUGUCAUGCCUGCCAUCUUCAAGGCUCCAAUCCGCCCUGAUGUUGUGAAUUUUGUUCACACCAACAUGCGCAAGAACAGCCGCCAGCCCUAUGCAGUCAGUGAACUGGCAGGUCACCAGACCAGUGCAGAGUCCUGGGGAACAGGAAGAGCUGUGGCCCGUAUCCCUCGUGUGAGGGGUGGUGGUACCCACCGCUCUGGCCAGGGUGCUUUUGGAAAUAUGUGUCGUGGAGGUCGCAUGUUUGCCCCCACCAAGACCUGGCGCCGCUGGCACCGCAGGAUCAACACAACCCAGAAGCGCUAUGCCAUCUGCUCUGCUGUGGCUGCUUCUGCCAUUCCUGCACUUGUGAUGUCCAAAGGACAUCGUAUUGAGGAGAUCCCUGAGGUCCCACUGGUGGUAGAGGACAAAGUUGAGGGAUACAAGAAGACCAAGGAGGCCGUGCUUCUGCUGAAGAAGCUGAAAGCCUGGAACGACAUCAAGAAGGUCUACGGCUCUCAGCGCAUGCGUGCUGGUAAGGGUAAGAUGAGGAAUCGCAGACGCAUCCAACGCAGAGGGCCAUGCAUCAUCUACAACCAAGAUGCUGGUGUCACCAAAGCCUUCAGAAAUAUCCCAGGCAUCACCCUGCAGAACGUCAACAAACUCAACCUCCUGAGGCUCGCCCCCGGUGGUCACGUUGGACGCUUCUGCAUCUGGACAGAGAGCGCUUUCCGUAAGCUCGACGAGCUGUACGGCACCUGGCGUAAACCUUCUUCCCUGAAGACCGGCUACAACCUGCCAAUGCACAAGAUGACCAACACAGAUCUGAGCAGGAUCCUGAAGAGUGAGGAGAUCCAGAAAUCUCUCCGUGCACCUAACAAGAAGAUCAACCGCAGAGUGCUGAAGAAGAAUCCUCUGAAGAACCUGAGGAUAAUGCUCAAACUGAACCCUUACGCCAAGACAGCAAGACGUCAUGCCAUCCUCAAGCAUGACCCGGCGAUCAAGGCCAAGAUGCUGAAACCCAAGAAGAAGCCAGCAAGGAAGGGAGCACCUGCUAAACCCAAGCCUACAGCAUAAAUUUAUACUUACAGUAUGGAGUUCAGUGAUGAAUAAAUCAGUGCUUUCAAA